CGUGCCGCCCUGUUGGCGAUGCCGGAGCCGUGCUCAAGAUGGCGGCGCGCUCGCAGCGGGCUGGCGUGGCUGCGGCCCUGCUGGCCGGGGCCCUGCUCGCCCUGGGGCAGGCGGCGGAGGGCCCAGCAGCGGCUGUGCCGCACCGGCGCUUCGAGUACAAGUACAGCUUCAAGGGGCCGCACCUGGUGCAGGCGGACGGGACUGUGCCGUUCUGGGUGCACACGGGCAAUGCCAUACCAAGUGCAGAUCAGAUUCGUAUAACAACGUCUUUGAAAAGCCAACGAGGGUCAGUGUGGACAAAAACUAAGUCAAUAUUUGAAUACUGGGAAGUCGAAGUGACCUUUCGAGUUACAGGAAGAGGCCGCAUUGGAGCUGAUGGAUUGGCAAUCUGGUACACAGAAGAGCAAGGCUUGGAAGGCCCUGUUUUUGGGGCAGCUGAUCAAUGGAAUGGUGUUGGAAUUUUCUUUGAUUCCUUUGACAAUGAUGGAAAGAAAAACAAUCCUGGGGUGAUCGUUGUAGGCAACAAUGGUAAACUUCUGUAUGAUCAUCAGAAUGAUGGUUCCACACAAGCAUUGGCAUCCUGUCAGAGGGACUUCCGUAACAAGCCCUAUCCUGUUCGAGUAAAGAUAACAUACUACCAAAAAACCCUGACUGUAUUAAUUAAUAAUGGCUUUACUCCGGAUAAAGAAGACUAUGAAUUCUGUGCAAAAGUGGAAGAAAUGGUGUUGCCAUCACAAGGCUAUUUUGGAAUAUCUGCAGCAACAGGGGGACUUGCAGAUGAUCAUGACGUCCUGUCUUUUCUGACCUUCCAGUUGACGGAGCCUGGGAAAGAAGUACCAAUACCAGAUGCAGAAAUUCCUCAGAAAGAUAAAGAGAAGUAUCAAGAAGAGUUCGAGCACUUUCAACAAGAAUUGGAUAAAAAGAAGGAAGAAUUUCAAAAGGAACAUCCUGAUGUGCAGGGGCAGCCAGCGGAUGAUCUUUUUGAAACUGUAAGUGAUCGUGAACUGAGGCAAAUCUUUGAGGGACAGAAUCGAAUUCAUCUUGAAAUAAAACAGCUGAAUAGGCAAUUGGACAUGAUUCUGGAUGAGCAAAGGAGAUAUGUCUCUCUAGUCACAGAUGAGAUUGCUAAAAGAGGAGCUGGUUUGCCAGGUCAACAAGGACAGGUUUCCCAGCAAGAGAUUGAGACAGUUGUGAAAACUCAAGAAGAGGUCGUUAGACAAGUAAAUGAAAUAAGAAAUUCUGUGGCUGAUACUCUGAGGUUGAUCAGUGGUGCUCAACAUCCUGGUUCUGCUGCUGGAGUCUAUGAAACAACUCAGCACUUCAAUGACAUCAAAGAACACCUUCAUGUAGUAAAGAGGGACAUUGAGCAUUUAGUACAACGAAAUAUGCCAUCUAGUGAGAAAUCGAAGUGUCCAGAACUGCCACCAUUUCCAUCGUGCUUAUCUACGAUGCACUUCUUCAUCUUUGUAGCAGUGCAAACAGUGCUAUUCAUCAGUUAUAUCAUGUAUAGGAGUCAACAAGAAGCAGCAGCCAAAAAGUUCUUUUGAUGACCUGUUCGCUUUGUGUGUACGUAACAGCAGUAUGUGUGCACAGAAAACUUUCAUAAAUGAGGGAAAACUUAGUGUUUGAUAUACUUCAAUACUGUAAAUUAUUGAAUUUUGCUAAACAGAAUGAGUUCCUAUUUAAACUGUUAAUGCUAAAGUUACAAAUGGACUGGGGAACAGCAGAACAAAUGCUAGAUAAGGGAAGACUGUGGCCCCUAUCUAGGUUGUGUUUUCAGCUAACUUUUCAUAAGUACUGGAAGGCAAAUGCCAUAUUCCUCUUCUUUUGUUAAGAUUCCAGAGGAAGGAAUUGAAACACCUGGCUUUGGUUGUUCGUAAAGAGAUUUGCAGUUGUAUGAUAUGUGCAAAAACCUUCCUAUUAAGUGUCCUGACAAGCAAAUAAACAAAACAAGUCCAAAAAAGCCAACAACAACAAAAAUUAAAACCAACCAAUCCCAAACUGUUCUCUGGGUUUUUUGAGGGGGCUGUAGAAGUGUUUUUUAUAAACACUUCCUAAGUUUGACCCUUGGAUUUACCAGUUUAAGAAUUACUAUGUUAAUUCUAACUCUUCAUGAAAUACAAAUUUAAACAUUUCUUAAUAUGUGGACACAAAGACAGACCUUUAACAGUCUGGCUGUUGGUACCUGACACAGAAAACAGAAUAUACUGAACAAAUGAAGGCUUAUCUCCUUACUUUGGGUUUUGGUUUUAGGUAGUGAGGAAAAAACAUGAAGUAGUUGAAUCCUCAAGUAUAUUGUGGACUGAGCUCUUCUUCAUAGUUACAAGUGUGUCUGUAAUUCUACUUGGAGAUUUGUGGAACUUCUUCAGCAAAAAUAUAAUUGUUUUUUACCUCUUCAAAUCUGUUUUUAUUAAGGGUAUGUUUAGUGUAUAAGUGUCUUAUAAAGCUGUCUUCUGUCUUAUGUAUCAAAUACAAAUGCUUUAAGUCUUGACAUGGCAACUCUUCUAAACUACAGUUAUCGAGUGUUUAACCCAUUUCUUCAUAGGCUAUUGUUUCAGACAUGUUUGUUAGUCCAGUAGCUAUUGUAGAGCCAGUAUUGUGUGUCAAUUCCUGCUUGGUGUCAAAAGCAUGAGACUGAACGUGUGUGUUUGAUACGGCUUAUCACAUGAACAUUUGCUUCAGGAGAGAAACAAAGCAGAGAGCCCAAAUCAGGAAUGUGAAAUUAAUUCAUUUUACCUUGUUUACACAUCUGUGGUGACUUUGUCCGUAGGUUGUUCAUGUGUAGAGCUAGAAUAGGGGGGUUUGUUUGGGGUUUUUCUAAUUCUACAAGUACACAAAUGCGUUGGGAUAUUUCACUUUUAAUUAUUAAUCUGUUUGUCUAAAUCUGCAUAAGUUAUCUGGAAUCUAGCAUACUACUACUGCAUUCCUGCACUCUGCUCCUUGGGGUGCAACACAUGCUGCCAAAUUUGCUGUAAUGAAGAACACUUCAGUAUUGUGCCUGUCAGUUUGGAGAAAUGAUAAAUCUAUGCAAAAACAUUUUGUUACUUAAAUUAUUGUGUCCAAAAAGUGGAUGUCUGUGCUAUACCAAUAAAACUGCCUACACACCUAUUUACAUAGCUACAGUAUAUAGUAUGCUGUAUGUGGUGUAGCUUUACAGAUUAAUUUCUGAAUUUGAGAAGAUCUUGCUGUGCUAAUCAGAAACCACUGCUUCAGGCUGAUCUUGCUGGAUAAAUAGGGUAAAUCAUUACUUUAAACACCAGCAAAUACUUACAGGUGCCUUGAGUCUAAGCUAUUACAACUCUGACUCGUGUAACUAAACUUAAUAUAUUUUCAUAAAUAGCUUUGAAAGUGGAGUGUCGUUCCUUUCAGUUUCAGGCCUUCCUGCAUCAGUGCAACAUCUGAAGAGAACUUCUCUCACAGCAGGCUUUGCAAGGCUUUUUAUACAGAAAGGCUAGCAACUUUAUGUCUAAGUAGCUGCAUAUAUCUGGGAUAAGAGGAACAGCUCUAAUGCAUCGAAGGCCUGUAUUUUUGUUACUGUGAAUUUAUCCAAAUAGAACUUUGCUUUUAAAGCUGGAGCAGCCCAUACUUUUGUGUCUUUUCUGAGAAAGAUGAUAAGGCUGGGGAUGGUGUCUAGGGAGACAGCCUGCAAUUGCCUCUUCAGUAUGAGGCUCAGCUCAUGUGUUUAUGCUGCUAAUUGAUCAGACACAUCUCCCAUGUGCAACUAGGACACUUUAGUAUUGAGGAGCAGAAGGUCUAAUAUGUAACAACCAAAAACUGAUGAUUUUGCUUCGUGCUUCAUUUCACAGUUGUCUCCUUGGAACUUCCAUAAUUGCCUUGUCGCUCACUGGAUCAAAGGAAAGCUCCCAAUUGCCCAGCUCAAAUUUUGUCCUGUCUGUUCUUGAACUGAUAGCAACAAAUUUGUACUGUAAGAAUGUUAGUCAGUGUAGCCUCCUGUUACAGGUGGCUACUAGAAGUUUCUUUUAACCCUAAUGAUAUGAUUGAUUCUUAUCAAGUAAGAUUUCAGGACUAGGAGGAGAAGACACCUUGGAAUAACUACUUGAAGUGUGAAUGCUAAGUAGCAAAUAUUUGGCAGUAACAAGAGAAUUUCAUUGUACUGGUCAGAGUAUAUUACACACCUGAAUCUUUCAAAAGUAAAACCCACAAUAUGGUUUGUAAAUUGCCUAACUUCCUGUUUGAAGAAAAUUUGACAUUUAUCAAUGCAUCGAUUACUGUAACACCGAAUACUGUCUUCUGUUGGGUUUUUUUCUAAUUCAAACAGCUGACAUUGUCAUGUUUGUUUCUGACUAAUGUAAAUUGACACUUGGAGUUCAGAGAUAACAUUAUUUGAAUAAAGAUGCAUAUUUUUAGUAA